UCAUUUUCCCCCUCUCCGAACGACCUUGGGGUUGGAUCAACAUUGUACAUUCCAUACCAUCCCUUUCUAGGUCCUCCGCGCGUGGAAGCAUAGCUCGCGACAAGAUUUGCGCCCAGCUUGCGAAACACCUUCGCCUACCUUGAAAGUAUCACCCUUCCUUCGAUUCUUCUUAACAUACAGGGUGGUCAAUUUGGAAGUCUUUCCAGCAUCUCUCACCUACCUACUACCGAAAGCCACCUUCCUCAUGGAGUAGUGCGCUUCGUCCUCUCGUUUCUCUCUUUCUUUAGACAACACGUCUUCCGACCUCACAAUCACAACUGUGAGACUUGACAUUUCUACGUGCCACCAGGAGCAGAAAUGGCUCUUCCAGAAAAUGAGCGCCUUCCUGGGGACAAGGCCGAGAACGCUGAUAUCGAGUUGAUGGAACGGGGAAGCGCAUCCUCAGCCGAACAUCGCAAGUCAGCUGGUCGUUCUUCCAUCUCUAGUUCGACGGUGGUCCCGGCAGGAGAGAAGGACAAAGGUUCUCGUUCUAAUGCUCUAGCCAAAUCCGAAGAUCCAGAUGCGCUUUUCGCGCACCUCCCAGAGCAUGAAAAGGAGAUUCUGAAGAAGCAACUGGAUUCGCCGGAUGUGAAUGUGUCGUUUUUCGCUCUCUUUCGCUAUGCCUCGCGCAUGGACAUCUUGAUCAUGCUUGUCAGUGCGCUUUGCGCUAUCGUGGCAGGUGCUGCUCUACCUCUAUUUACCAUUCUCUUCGGCUCACUGGCUUCGGCAUUCAGAGGAAUCGCUCUGUACGAACUCUCGUACCACGACUUCUAUCACCAGUUAACGAAGAAUGUUCUUUACUUUGUGUAUCUUGGAAUUGCCGAGUUUGUUACCGUCUAUAUUUCCACCGUCGGGUUCAUCUACACCGGGGAACACAUCACUCAGAAAAUUCGUGAACAUUAUCUAGAGUCUAUCUUGAGACAAAACAUGGGCUACUUUGAUAGACUAGGAGCCGGUGAAGUUACAACUCGCAUUACAGCCGACACGAAUUUGAUCCAAGACGGUAUCUCGGAGAAGGUUGGACUCACACUAACAGCCAUUGCCACCUUCGUGACUGCGUUCAUUGUCGCCUAUAUCAAAUAUUGGAAACUCGCUCUGAUCUGUACCUCAACCAUUGUUGCCCUUGUGAUGACUAUGGGAGGUGGCUCUCGCUUUAUUGUCAAGUACAGCAAAAAGUCCUUGGAGAGCGCUGGUGCCGGCGGAACUGUUGCGGAAGAGGUCAUCAGCUCAAUUCGUAAUGCCACUGCAUUCGGUACUCAAGACAAACUGGCCAAGCAAUACGAGGCUCAUUUGGCCGAGGCCGAAAAAUGGGGUAUUAAGACUCAGAUUAUUCUCGGCUUCAUGAUUGGUGGCAUGUUCGGUAUCAUGUUUUCCAACUACGGCCUUGGUUUCUGGAUGGGCUCUCGUUUCCUCACAGAUGGAGAGGUCAACGUGGGACAAGUAUUGACUGUUCUGAUGGCUAUCCUGAUUGGAUCAUUUAGUCUAGGAAAUGUCGCCCCCAAUGGUCAGGCCUUCACGAAUGCUCUCGCCGCAGCCGUCAAGAUCUAUGGGACUAUCGAUCGUCCCUCUCCUCUGGAUCCCUAUUCCGAGGAGGGCGAGAAGCUCGAACACUUCGAAGGCAAUAUCGAAUUCCGCGACAUCAAGCACAUUUACCCAUCUCGUCCGGAAGUUACUGUCAUGGAUGGUGUUUCUCUGAUUAUGCCUGCCGGCAAGACAACUGCGCUUGUUGGCCCAUCGGGCUCGGGAAAGAGUACUGUUGUUGGUCUGGUCGAGCGAUUCUAUUUUCCUGUGGGAGGUUCCGUUCUUUUGGAUGGCCAUGACAUUUCGACACUCAACCUUCGUUGGCUGCGUCAACAAAUAUCGCUGGUUAGUCAGGAACCUGUCCUCUUUGGUACGACGAUUUAUCACAACAUUCGACACGGUCUUAUCGGCACGAAGUAUGAGAACGAAUCCGAGGACAAAAUCAGGGAAUUGAUUGAAAACGCAGCGAAGAUGUCCAACGCUCACGACUUCAUCACAGCCCUUCCUGAAGGCUACGAGACGAAUGUGGGUCAGCGGGGUUUCCUACUAUCCGGAGGACAGAAGCAGCGCAUUGCUAUCGCGCGCGCUAUAGUCAGUGACCCGAAGAUUCUUUUGCUCGACGAAGCCACAUCUGCUCUGGAUACGAAAUCCGAAGGUGUUGUUCAGGCAGCCUUGGAUAGAGCUGCCGAAGGCCGCACUACUAUUGUCAUUGCUCACCGUCUUUCUACCAUCAAGUCAGCCCACAAUAUCGUCGUUAUGGUGAACGGCAAGAUUGUGGAACAAGGCAAUCAUGACGAACUCGUUGGUCGCAAGGGCACCUACCACAGCCUCGUGGAAGCACAACGCAUUAACGAGGAGAAGGAUGCGGAAGCCCUGGCUACUGAUGAAGCAGACAUGGACGAGGAUGACUUCGCGAGGGAAGAAAUCGAACGCAUCAAGUCAGCAAGCAGUGGCACCGGUUCUCUAGCUGAUGACGACGAGAAGAUGUUCGCCGGUAAUGGCCUUGGACGUAGUGGAACACACAAGUCAAUCUCCAGCGCCAUUCUGGCCAAGAGAGAGCCGGAAAUCGCUAAGAAAUACUCACUAUGGUCUUUGGUCAAAUUCAUUGCUUCCUUCAACCGCCCUGAGAUUCUCUAUAUGCUCAUCGGAUUGGUCUUUGCGGUCCUAUCCGGUGGUGGCCAACCCACCCAGGCCGUUCUGUACGCCAAGGCCAUCAGCACUCUUUCGCUGCCUACGAGCGAGGCCGCUAAAAUUCGGCAUGAUGGUGCUUUUUGGGCCUUGAUGUUCUUUGUGGUUGGAAUCGCGCAGUUCAUCAACCUUUCCAUCAAUGGUGCCGCUUUCGCCGUGUGCUCGGAGAGAUUGAUUCGGCGAGCUCGAAGCAUGGCCUUUAGAUCCAUGCUGCGUCAGGAUAUUACCUUUUUUGAUAGAGAGGAAAACAGCACUGGUGCACUCACAUCCUUUUUGUCGACUGAGACCAAACAUCUGUCAGGUGUCAGUGGUGCCACAUUGGGUACAAUCCUUAUGACCAGCACGACCCUAGGUGCGGCUAUGAUUAUCUCUCUCAGCAUCGGGUGGAAGCUGGCUCUGGUCUGUAUUUCCGUCGUUCCGGUUCUACUGGGAUGUGGAUUCUACCGCUUCUACAUGCUCGCGCAGUUCCAACAAAGAUCUAAGAGCGCCUACGAAGGGUCUGCAAGCUAUGCCUGUGAGGCGACCUCGGCUAUUCGCACCGUGGCCUCUCUCACUCGGGAAAAGGAUGUUUGGGAUAUCUACCACGGCCAAUUAGCGGCGCAGGGCCGUACAAGUCUGAUCUCAGUGCUGAAGUCCUCUAUUCUAUAUGCCGCCUCGCAGGCUCUGGUCUUUUUCUGUGUUGCCCUCGGUUUCUGGUAUGGAGGUACGCUCCUGGGGCAUCACGAGUAUUCUGUCUUCCGUUUCUUCGUCUGCUUCUCCGAGAUUCUGUUCGGUGCUCAGUCUGCGGGUACUGUCUUCUCAUUCGCUCCAGACAUGGGCAAGGCGAAAAAUGCGGCGGCCGAAUUCCGCAGACUUUUUGACAGGAAGCCGCAGAUCGACACCUGGUCGGAGGAAGGCGAAAAGCUUCAGUCUGUGGAGGGAUCUAUCGAAUUCCGUGACGUUCAUUUCAGAUACCCUACUCGCGCCGAACAGCCGGUCCUGCGUGGACUGAAUCUGACCGUCAAGCCCGGACAAUACGUUGCCCUGGUUGGCCCAAGUGGUUGUGGUAAAAGUACCACCAUUGCGCUUCUUGAACGGUUCUAUGAUGCCAUCGCUGGAAAGGUCCUAAUUGAUGGGAAAGACAUCACUCAGCUGAACGUCAACUCCUACCGCAGUUUCCUGUCGCUUGUUAGCCAGGAACCCACCUUGUAUCAAGGCACCAUUAGGGAGAAUAUUCUCCUGGGCGUCACUGGUGAGGAGGUACCCGAGGAGGCGCUGAUCAAGGCUUGCAAGGAAGCCAAUAUUUACGAUUUCAUCAUGUCUCUCCCAGAUGGAUUCAAUACGGUAGUCGGCAGCAAAGGAGGCAUGUUGUCUGGAGGUCAAAAGCAACGUGUGGCUAUCGCACGGGCCCUGAUCCGGGAUCCCCGAGUUCUGCUUCUUGACGAAGCCACCUCUGCCCUUGACUCGGAAUCCGAGAAAGUUGUUCAAGCAGCACUCGAUGCUGCUGCUCGGGGCCGAACCACCAUCGCAGUUGCACACCGUCUCAGUACCAUCCAGAAAGCCGACAUUAUUUACGUAUUUGACCAAGGCAAGAUCGUGGAGAGCGGUACACACCAGGAGCUGAUCCGUGCCAAAGGUCGCUACUUCGAGCUGGUCAACUUGCAGAGCCUCGACAAGGGCCACUAAUUCAAUUGCGCUAUAUAUCCUGUACAGCUGGUUUAAUAUCCUGUCUAUUUUCACCACUUGUUUUAAGAUCUUCACCACUUCUUUUUUUUUUUUUUUUACGCUGUUGUUUCUCAUGUGACAUGAAUUUGGAGGCACAUGCAUGAUACUGUGUCCCCCACGGAUAAUGUGACUCGCAUUUACCAUGUUGCGGAGUUGACUG